ACAAACAUGAACUUGUACGUCUUGAGCCUCCUUCUGCUUUUGGAUUUAGCCGCGGUGGCCGUCAGUCUAUCCACUUGCAGCACUCUGGACAUGGACCAGUUCAAGAAGAAGCGGAUCGAGGCUAUCCGCGGCCAGAUCCUGAGCAAACUGAAGCUGAGCAGUCCUCCUGAGAUCUACCCCGAGCCCGAGGAGGUGUCCCGGGACAUCAUCGCCAUCUAUAACAGCACACGGGACCUGCUGCAGGAGAAAGCCAACGAGCGCGCGGCCACAUGCGAGAGGCAGCGCAGCGAGGAGGAGUAUUACGCCAAAGAAGUGCACAAGAUAGACAUGCAGCCCUUUUACCCUUCAGAGAAUGUCAUCUUAUCACAACAUUACUACCCAUACUUCAGGAGGCUGAUGUUUGACGUGAGCUCCAUGGAGAAGAACGCCUCAAACUUGGUGAAGGCGGAGCUCAGGAUUUUCAGGCUGCAAAACCCAAAGGCCCGCGUUUCUGAGCAGCGCAUCGAGCUUUACCAGGUUUUAGGGCAUAAAGACCUGACGUCACCUACACAGCGAUACAUCAACAGCAAAGUGGUUCGCACCCGGACGGAGGGAGAAUGGCUGUCGUUUGACGUGACGGAGGCUGUCAGCGAGUGGCUGCUACACAGAGACAGAAACAAAGGAUUCAAGAUCAGCCUGCACUGUCCCUGCUGCACAUUUGUGCCGUCAAAUAAUUACAUCAUCCCCAACAAGAGCGAGGAGCUGGAGACGCGCUUUGCAGGUAUAGACGACAGCUUUGUGAAUGGAGGGGAUCUGAAGAUGUUUAAAAAGCGCCGCCACAGCGGUCAGUCUCCACAUUUGCUGCUGAUGCUGCUGCCAUCAUACCGUCUGGAGUCGCAGCAUAAGAGCCACAGACAGAAGCGAGCCCUGGAUACUGCUUUCUGCUCCAGGAAUGUGCAGGACAACUGCUGUUUACGCUCGCUCUACAUCGACUUCAAGAAGGAUCUGGGUUGGAGGUGGAUCCAUGAACCCAAAGGGUAUAACGCCAACUUCUGUGCAGGAGCCUGUCCGUAUCUGUGGAGCGCAGACACCCAACACAGCAAUAUCCUUGGCCUUUACAACACUAUUAAUCCAGAAGCAUCUGCAUCUCCCUGCUGCGUGUCUCAGGAUCUGGAACCCCUCACAAUCCUCUACUACAUCGGCAAGACCCCCAAAAUCGAGCAGCUCUCCAACAUGAUUGUCAAGUCUUGCAAGUGCAGCUAG